CCAUCAAAAAUUACCCGCCAACUACAGAUAAUGUUAAUUCAUUGACUUACCGCCCAUAAUCCUCCAUCUCUCUCUGUAGCCUCUCUGUGUAUAUAUACUAAUGUCAUUUUAUUCUCUUCCUGAAUAAGAAGAAAAGAUUUUUGUCUUGUUCAAAUUUGAGGGUUUUAUGGUUUGUUUCUGCUUUUUGGUGGAUCAGAAGAGGGUAAUCAAAGAGAGAAAGCCGGUAGCCGGAACUUGUUCGCGGUGCAAUCACGGCGCAACGGUGGCGGAUAUGAAAACCAUGACCAGAUUUUGUUAUAUCCCAUUUUAUUGGAAAUCUUGGAAGGCUAUUAUGUGCAGUUUUUGUGGGACUAUUCUCAAAUCUUACAGGUGAACGAUGCUGAAGACUCGAGGAGAAAAUCUUCCACAGGGAGGUAGUCCAACGCCUAGGUGCCACCUCGGUGGGUGACCCACACACCUCGAGGGUGUUUGGUGGGUCACCUGACGAGGUGGCGCGCGCUGAUAGGGCGAUCGCACCACGUGGAAGAUCUUCUCAGACUCGAGACUAAUAUACUUUUACGUCGAUAUAGUGCAUGUUUGGUACAGAACACUGUCUUCAUAUACAAUCGAGAAUUCUAUGUUUCGGAUUAUCAUGAACCACGAGAAUAUGUAUAUAUUCCUUUAGUGGUUGCAGGGCACCUGCAGAUUCAUGAAAAGAAUGCUAGAAAUUUAUCACAGAAGUUUGUGAAAUUGUAAAAAAUAAUAAUAGUAAGUCCAGGAUGACUAUAUAUAAUUGAUUAUGGAAAAAGAAGUCCCUUAAGCAUUACAUUAUUAUCAUUUUUAUUUCUCUUUUUGUCACAUUUUGCAUUAAUUAAAGAUUGCUUAGUUCUCUUA